GUAUUGCACUGUCUUCAAAUUUUCAAUUACUUUUAAGAUUUUCGAUUUCCUAAAUAUUUGUAUAGUUUGGUUAUUUCUGAAACGGAAAUUAAUUAAAAUUAAUAAUUUACUUUUUACUUAUUGCCGCAUAUAUUAAUUCAGGAUUUUUAAAUUUGUUGAAAAGAAAAAGAGAGAAAAUGAACCGUGGCAAGGAGUUUUCGUGUUAAUCGAUAAUCUGCAAAGUUCAGGCCAGUUUUAUUUAAAUUGACAAGUCCAUCGUUACUUUAUUUUUCUUGAAUAAUUUAUAAUACAAAAAAUAAUUUUAUAUUAUUUCCGUUUCAAUUUUUACACUCGUGCGUACACAAUUUGACAAAUAUAUUAAAGAUUUCAAAUGUAUAAGAAAAACGAUACUUAUAUAAUGAAUUAAAAAAAAAACACAAGUUGAUUUUCCGUAAUCGAAGUCAUUAUGCAGCACACACAUCCAAAUGUAUCUAAGAGCGGUCUCACAAUCAGUGAACGUCGAGAGUCAUCGAAUAAAUUGCUAAAUUAUCAAAGAUCGAUGCCCGUAGUCGCCUGUAAGAUUAAUUCGCCUAAUCGUCUCGUGGGUGGUGCGGACGAAGAGCCUACCGUUGAAGAAAUUCCUGCCAAAGAUCCAUCACCUGAAUCUCUCCAGGAAGUGCCGAAUCUUCCUUCACUUUCUCCUUCAAUCCCAUCGACGCUACCAUCUUUCCCGAUAGAAAAAUCUGUAGAGAAAUCCACGCAGCUAGAAGAGAAUUCUCAAAAUAAGCAACUUCUUCCCGCAAGUGGCCCGUGUUGCGUCUGUACUCCGCAAACAAUCGGGGACAGAAAAGUAAAUGAAAUAAUCGAAUACGUGCACCAAAAUCUCCAGGAAGCUGGCAAAGCUUUAGCAUCUCUGGGCGAGAACUUCGAGCACGAUUUAAAGCUGAUGUUCGUCGAUGUCCUGAGUCGAAUCAAACAAUGGUCCGGUAUUGCACAGAAUAAGCUCGACGUCUGCAAAAGCGAAGUCGAUGAACUUCGUAAGGAACUGUUAGCUCGUGCAUGCGAAAUUGAUGUUAAAACGCGCGAACUGGAAACUCUUAAAGUUCAGAUUGCAGAGGAUCGGAAAGAAAGAGAACCAAUCAUUAAACGCGAAGAUCAACCCGUUGUGGAAACUGCAAAAGUUUAUGCGAAUGCUAAAGAAAUUAUAAAAGUUAAUGAAAUAAAUGCAAUAAAGGACGCAGUGCGAGCUGUUGAUGAAGAUAAAGAAGACGUAAAAGCAGAAAUUGCUAAGGAAAUUAAUAGAAUUAAAAAAAUUAAUACAAGAAAGGAUGCAGUGCGAGCUGUUGAUAAAGAUAAAGAAGACGUAAAAGCAGAAAUUACUAAGGAAAUUAAUAGAAUUAAAAAAAUUAAUGCAAGGAAGGAUGCAGUGCGAAUUGCCGAUGAAGAAGAUGAAAAAGACGUUCAAGCAGCGGAAGCUGUCGAUCGGAUCGAUAAAGAGGACGAAAAGGACAAAGAAAGAGCUGUCGAUCGAAAAAUUGAGAGGAUUGACGAAGAUGAGGAAGAAUUGCUGAAAAGGCGAGACUACGAAAGAGAGAUGAGAGACGGCACUUACACAAGUGCAAUGGUCCAGACCGUUAUCUCUCCGCAGGAGAGAACGAAACGAGAAUCCGAGCUCGAGUCUGAAAUCAGGCGGAUGCGGAAGAAAUACGACAAAGUGAUGAAGGAGCGAGCUGAGUAUGAGUGCGCGAUUCAGCGGGCGCUACUGCGAGGGGUGUCGUGCUUAAACGUCGAGGCACUGAGAGUCCUACGCUGCCCACCGAUACCUUGCUACACUCCUUGCGUACCGUGUCCGACAACUCCAAAGAUUAUUCCACCCGAACCCGUUGUACCAUGUCCUGGCAAAAGCACGAAGAAGCACCCAGGAUCCGUUGCCGCGACGAUCAGUGCCAAAUUAUCGUACGACACGCAGAACGUUGAUCAAAUUGAUUGCACGACGAAGCGGCCUUCUCCUUGCUGCUUCAUCAAUAGAAAUCGAAAGUCCACGGAUGACGACAUGAUGUUUCUCCUUCGUCAGGGUGACGCGAGGAAUCUGAACACUCCAGAUGAGGUAUGUGAUUCGACGAUUAUAAAGAAGAUCGAGAUACCACCAUUGCCGAGAUUUGGGAUAUAAUAAUUUGAGUGAUGCUCAUUCACUGGUAGAUUGUCGAUGACUAAAAAAAAAAAUAGAUACAGAGAAUAUCUAGAAAAAACGGUAUCAGAAUAGAGAAUAUGCUAAAUUUGUUAAUUUUGUUCAGCUUUGUUCAUAUUCUUGUUCUUUUUCUAUACCGAUAUUAUAGCGGGAUUUCUUAAUUUUUUUUACACAUGCUGUGUAUUUUAUUGACGUUUCGAAAUGACCAAAUAUGUAGAACUCAAAAUAAAAGCUGUAACGAUCUUGAAACGUAAGAUGCAAGGCACGGAAUUGAUUAAUUUCGCUUGUUUUUUCGAUACCGUCGCGUAGUCUCGCGUUAACUCUCGAUGAUUCUAUUCUCCUUCCGUCAUUAAGUUAUAGUAAUUAACGCGUGCAAGAAACGCGUGAUUCUUUGGAUACGAGUGAGCUAUUUCAGCGGGAACAGACACGAGGUCUACGAGUGACAAAUAUGGAAUUUGGGUUGGGGACGGUAUUUCGCGAGAAGAAUUAUAUAUCAUGCAACAGCGCAACACGCGUUACCUGGUGUUUGUGCGUGUAGGUCAAAGUGCCGCGAUUAGGCCAUUAACGAAUACUUGACCGAUUAUCGCCUAAAGUCUCUGAAAACAUGUUGCAUGACAAUUCAGCGACGUACACAUUACAUUAAAUUAUUAUGGGAAAAAAAAAUGGAUCGGGAAAUAUUUUAAAUUGUGCAAUAUGUUUUUGAAACGUUGAAUACUUGUUCCUAUUAUUUUUAUGCGUGUGGAAAGAGGUUUAUGUGUGAGGAAAGAGGUAAAAGUGGAAACAAGUAAUGUCCUGUCGUUGAAAAUAUAAAUAUAACUUUUUAUAUAAUAUCGUCAGAAAAAUAUUACAAAUAUUGAACGUUUACUUUCGUAAGUAUAAUUUGAACAGCUCUCUCCAGCCUUUCACGUUCAGAAAGUAUAAUCGGAGAAUAUACCGAAGUUCUGUCACUUCAGUCUGUUGAGGCAGGAAGUUUUGAAUCACAUACUUUAACAGAAAUCGAUGUACUCAAUAAACUGUGCCUAUUAAUAAA